GAAGAAGAAGAAGAAGAAACAUCAAAAUGUCGAUCUUUCUCUGUUUCCUCUUGCUCUUACCUCUCUUUCUUGUUUUUUACAAAAGGCUUUUACCGUCGAAAGGGAAGCUUCCUCCGGGACCUAUAAGUCUUCCGAUCAUCGGAAACUUGCACCAACUUGGAAAAUCUCUUCAUAGAUCUUUUUAUAAACUCUCCCAAGAGUAUGGACCCGUGAUGUUUCUUCGUUUCGGUGUAGUCCCUGUGGUAGUGUUCUCCACAAAAGAAGCAGCCGAAGAAGUUUUAAAGACUCACGAUCUCGAGACUUGCACCCGACCAAAGCUAUCUGCCACCGGGUUAUUUACAUAUAACUUCAAAGACAUUGGCUUUGCACAAUACGGGGAAGACUGGAGAGAGAUGAGAAAGCUUGCGAUGCUCGAGCUCUUUAGCUCAAAAAAGUUAAAGGCUUUCCGGUAUAUUAGAGAAGAAGAGAGUGAAUUGCUCGUCAAGAAAGUCACAGAAUCUGCUCAAACACAAACUUUGGUGGAUUUGAGAAAGGCUCUUUUCUCUUAUACCGCUAGUAUCGUAUGUAGACUCGCUUUCGGACAGAACUUCCAUGAGUGCGAUUUUGUCGAUAUGGAUAAAGUUGAAGAGCUUGUGCUUGAGUCUGAGACCAAUCUUGGCUCAUUCGCAUUCAUUGACUUCUUCCCUGCCGGUCUUGGGUGGGCUAUUGAUCGGAUCUCCGGUCAACAUUCGAGGUUGCACAAAGCCUUUGCUAGACUAAGUAAUUUCUUUCAACAUGUGAUCGAUGAUCAUUUGAAGCCCUGGCAAUCGGAAGAUCAUUCAGACAUUGUUGGUGUCAUGUUGGAUAUGAUCAAUAAAGAGAGCAAAGUCGGCUCUUUUAAAGUCACUUAUGAUCAUCUCAAAGGAGUCAUGUCGGAUGUGUUUUUGGCGGGAGUGAACGCAGGAGCGAUCACAAUGAUAUGGGCAUUGACAGAGUUAACUAGACAUCCUAGAGUGAUGAAGAAACUUCAACAAGAGAUUCGAGAAUUACUCGGAGACAACAAAGAAAAAAUCACGGAGCAGGAUCUCGAAAAAGUUCACUACCUGAAGCUUGUGAUCCAAGAAACAUUCCGACUACACCCACCCGCUCCUCUCUUGCUCCCAAGAGAGACAAUGUCUGAUGUGAAGAUUCAAGGCUACAACAUUCCCAAAAACACAAUGAUCGAGAUCAACACUUACGCAAUAGGACGUGAUCCCAACUGCUGGACAAAUCCUAACGAGUUUAUCCCUGAGAGGUUUGUUGAUAGCCCUAUCGACUACAAGGGUCAGCAUUUUGAAUUGUUGCCAUUCGGUGGAGGCCGUAGGAUCUGUCCCGGGAUGGCCACGGGAAUGACCAUCGUUGAGCUCGGCCUCCUUAACGUUCUUUACUUCUUCGAUUGGAGUUUACCCUAUGGAAUGGCCAUUGCAGACAUUAACAUGGAAGAAGCUGGAGCUUUCGUCAUUGCCAAGAAAGUCCCACUUGAGCUCGUGCCAGUUCUUCAUUACUGAUCGCUGAUGC